AAAAAACAAUUGUUUUUGUAAUUUGUUGAGAAUUUUUAUUUAUUGCAAUUAAUGCGUACUGUGCCAAUGAUUAUAACUAUUCCAUGAAUGAUAGUAGUAAUGAAUGACGAUUGUGGCAUAGUUAAUGAAUUUAAAUAAUGUUGCCUGGAAUAGGUGUAUUCGGAACGGGCGCAGUGGCCAAGGUAUUAGUGCCAUUUCUUCGUGAAAAAGGUUUUCCUGUGGAAGCAAUCUGGGGCGUGACACUUCAAGAAGCCGAGAAUGCUGCAAAAGAACUUAAAAUAUCUUUUUUUACAAACAAAAUUGACGAUGUUUUAUUAAAGAAAAAUGUAAACUUGGUCUUUAUAGUUUGUGCCCCCAAUCUACAUGCUCAGAUAUCAGUCAAAGCACUUGGUAUUGGGAAACAUGUAGUGUGCGAUAAACCAGCUGGGCUUUGCCAGGCUGAGGCCCUAAAAAUGGUGCAUGCUGCCCAGUAUUACCCAACUCUAAUUUCCAUUAUAAACCAUUCUCUGAGAUUUUUGCCAGCAUUUACCCAUAUGAGGAAAUGUAUAGCAGACGGUUACCUAGGAAAUCCAGGUGAACUAACUUUAAUAGAUGUAAGAGUACAAAUGGGAUCUCUCUUGGGAGACACAUACAACUGGUUGUGUGAUGAUACAAUGGGAGGAGGAACACUUACAUUAGUUGGAAGCCAUGUUAUAGAUUUAGUUUCAUAUUUAAGUGGUCAAAAGGUUGUUAAAGUUCAUGGAAUUCUUAGGACAUUUGUUCAAGAGACUUCAAAAAUUAAUGGUAUAAGAAAAGUAACUGCACCUGACUUUUGUACAUUCCAAUUACAAAUGGAUAAAGGAUUAUUAGUUACUGCAACAUUAAACAACCAUCUGCCUGGUGUGUGCUUUCAUCAAGAGAUUUAUGUUUACAGUAAAAGAGGAUAUCUGGUGGUACGAGGUGGAGAUUUGCAUGGAAAAUUGCAUAAAACUACAGUUAAAUCUUCUGAAGAAGAAAUUAAAAAAACACAAGAUAAGGAAGACGUAAUCUAUGUAGAUAUUGAAGAUUUAAGUUGCACAUCUAGUGUCAUACCAAAGCCUUACAUCAAAGGACUUUGCAAAUUGAUAAGUGCAUUAAAAGAAGCCUUUUUACCAGUCAAAGAGCAAAUGGACUGGAUAAAAGAACCUGUAAGAUCAGCUGCGACAUUUGAAGAUGGGCAAAGAGUACAGGCUACAAUGGAAGCUUUACGGCAAUCAAAUGAAGAUGGUAGGUGGACUUCAGUGCAACUUCUCACCGAAACUCCAGACCCAAAUCCAGCAUUUUCUGCAGCAGUUAGGCGUACAGCUAUUUCAUUACAGUAGUUAUAUAAUCACAAAUAUUAGCCAUUUAUAUGUGCCUUUUUAAUUUGUGGACUAUGCUGUUUAAAUUUGCCAGUAUUAAUUAAUUUUAUGCCAUAUUGAUAUAUUGAAUAAGCAAGAAAUUGUACAAAAAGAUCUGUAGACUGUGAUACACAACUAUUAUUUUAACAUGUUUAUCAAUGUAGAUCCAU